AUGACGAUUCCCGAGACGCGGGACAGAGAAGACCAAUCUCAGUCAGAAGACUCCAACUGCGCGUCGUCUCCGAGCGAGGAAUCUGCCGCUCCGCUCACACAGACUGACAGUUUCGACAGCAAUUCCAACGCCUCCGGCUUUCCCGCAUUUUCCUCGUCUGCAGGGGGUUCGCAAGGCAACGCCCGCCGGGGAGUUGUUUUUGAGGAAGGGCAAAGGACUGGCGUGGACGCCCGAAGAAGCAGCGCUGCCUCCGACGACAACGGUCCCGAGGCCCUUCUGCACAAUCGAGAGGAAGAGACGAGCGCUGCCGCGCUCGUCUCUGUGGGAAGCGCUGCGAGUCCACUGACGGGGCGGAUAAGAGGAAGGGAAGACUCCGGUUCUCCGCAUCGCAAGCACUUGAAGCCAGCUCUCGACGGGACGCGUGCAGGGCGCGGGUCGGAGUCGGAGGACACCGCGACCGCGUUGGGCUCCAGGAGUCCGCCUCAGGCCACAGAGGGAGGCACUGCAGCGCCGAGCGACGCUCCGGCUCUCGCAGCUCUUAAGUCCGCCAUGAAGGAACGCCAGGAAGAGGCGGGGGAAAGGGUCAGAGAAGACUGUGGGGCUCAAGACGCCUGCGUCUCUUCGUCCAGCGGAGGCGACGAGCCAGACCUCCAGACGCCCGCUGGCGCCGCGACCAUGACCGCAGUCGACAGCGCCGCAGCCACUCAGGCUGCCUCCAGUCCGAGGCCCCCGAGCGGCCUCCCGCUUGGGUCGUCUCAACGCCCUCUCUCGAGCCCUUCUUCCUCCUCGUCCCCGUUGACCGCCCUGGCUGUGCCCGCGGACGACGACGACGCCGAAGAGGAGGAAGACGACGAAGAGCCUGAGGGAGAACAAGUCGUCCUGGUUGUCAAAUGGUGCGGAAAGCUGUACGACGUCGCUCUCUCGCCUUCGGACUUUGAGUGUUUUUCCGUCGCAGACUUCAAAGAGAGACUGCAGCAACAGCUCUCCGUCCCAGCUGACAAGCAGAAACUUCUCGGGUUCACCAACGCGAAGGGCGGCACGGCGCGAGACGCAGAUCUUCUCACUUCGCUUCGCUUCCAGCGAGAGCGGCAAAUGAUGCUGGUUGGAAGCACCGACGCCCAGCUGCUCGCGGCGGCGCAGGCCCAUGCCGCGGCUCUCGCCCAGGGCGACAAACUUCUCGAUGACUUCGCUGCAGCCUCUGCGGACGUGUUAACGGAGGACGAACUGCGCACGCCGCUGCAUCUCUCGCGGCUCGAAACCGCCAUAGAGAGGACACAAAUUCACCUGCUGCACCCGCCAAGGCCUGGCAAGAAGCUCCUCGUCCUCGACUUGGACUACACGCUCUUUGACUGCAAGUCCCUGGCAGGCAGUAUAGACGACUUGAAGCGCCCCUUUCUAGAGCAGUUCAUGCAGGACGUGUUUCAGGACUACGACAUCGCCGUUUGGAGUCAAACGCACUGGAAAUGGGUAGAAAUGAAGUGCACGGAGCUCGGCUUCCUGACUUCCUCCAAGUUUCAUCUCUGCUUCGUCCUCGACCGAUCCUCGAUGUUUACCGUGUGUUCGCGGAGGAAGAAGAAGAGAGGCAGAGGGUCGUCCCGUGACUCUGGCGGGGAGCUGCGGACUCACGAGGUUAAGGCUCUCGAGUUGAUUUGGCGCAAGUUUCCUGGGUUCUGGAGCGCGAGCAACACAGUCCACGUGGACGAUCUAUCUAGGAAUUUUGUUUUCAACCCGAAGAAUGGAAUCAAAGUCUCUGCGUACAAAAGGGAGAAGCGAGACAGCGACGCGGAGCUCCUCCUUCUUGGGAUUUAUUUGAAGCACCUCGCGCAGGCGCCAGACGUUCGCGAAGUCCCGCACAAAUACUGGAAAGUCCGCGCUGCCGAGGAGGCGCGGCGCGGCGGAAGUCUCCCGGAGUCUCUCCAUUUCUCGACUCAAGCUGCUGCAGAGCCACAGAGCGACUGA